AUGGACCAACAAAAGGCGGCCAAGCAGCGGCACACAAAGAACCGCAUUGACAACGACCAACAUAACGACCCCCGGGCUGAUGGAGCCAGUCGACAUUCAUCCAAGCAGUCAAGGACAGCAGCAAACACCUCGUCCUGGAAGCAGUCUGUUCUUCAGGGGUUAUGCCUCUCGGUCCUCUUCUUCUUCCUGGCCUCCUACCUCGUCACCGACACCUGGCUCUGGGGCUACAAAGGAAAAUACACCAACCUGCGCCAUUGGUUCCCUCCAAAGGAAGUGGUCUUCACACAAACGGAGUUGCUGAAAUACGAUGGAUCGGAUCCCUCAAAGAAGAUUUAUCUGGCCAUCAAGGGCGAGGUCUUUGACGUGACCGCCGGACGACCCUAUUACUCCAAGGGCGGUGGGUAUGGCUUCUUCUCGGGUAAAGAUGCAUCGCGUGCUUAUACCACAGGCUGUUUCCAGACCCAUCUGACGCAUGAUCUCCGUGGCCUUACUAAACAACAACUCGCGGAUAUUGACGGGUGGGCCAAUUUUUACAGGAAUCAUCAAAAGUACUUCAAGGUUGGCACCGUCAUCCUCGACCCUAUCGAUCCCGCCUCGCCCAUCCCUGAAGAUUGCCAUCAGCCCGUCGCUCCCAAGCCAUCCUCUUAG